CACAGAGAGAAGCCUAUUGUGUCGGGCCCAGGGAGUUCGAGUUGAAGGGCCCCGGGGUCUGCGCCUCUGACUGCUCUGAGCUACUUCCCCAUUGGCUCGGUGCAGCCUGUGCUGAGCAAGGGCUGAGCGACAGGGGGAGGCUCUAGUCCAUAAAAGGGGGGCCGAGGCACCAGAACUGCCAUUCUAAGGGGCUUUGGCUGCGCUCACAGCUGCCUCUUUGGCACCUCCUUCCCAGCUGGAGGCAGGACCGUGCCUUGGUCUUGGACCGGCCACCUGCCACCACCCUCCGACCUGUUUGGCCAGAAGCUGCCCAGGGACAAAGAGGAGCACAGCAGGAAGACCCAAAACAGAAUGGCGUGGCAGGGGCUGCUGCUGGCGGCUUGCCUCCUUGUGCUCCCCUCCACCAUGGCGGACUGCCUGUCCGGGUGCUCCUUGUGUGCUGUGAAGACCCAGGAUGGGCCCAAACCCAUCAACCCCCUGAUUUGCUCCCUGGAAUGCCAGGCUGCCCUGCAGCCCACUGAGGAGUGGGAGAGGUGCCAGGGCCUUCUGUCUUUUCUCGCUCCCUUGAGCCUCGGGCUCGAAGGCAAGGAAGACUUGGAGAGCAAGGCAGCUUUGGAAGAGCCCUCUAGUGAGCUGGUCAAGUACAUGGGGCCCUUCUUGAAGGAGCUGGAGAAAAACAGAUUCCUCCUCAGCACCCCAGCGGAGGAGACCUCUCUGAGCAGGAGCCUGGUGGAGAAGCUCAGGAGCCUCCCUGGCAGGUUGGGGGAGGAAACAGAGUCUGAGCUGAUGGAGGAUGCCCAGCAGAAUGAUGGUGCCAUGGAGGCUGCAGCCCUGGAUUCCAGUGUGGAGGACCCCAAGGAGCAGGUCAAACGUUAUGGGGGCUUUCUGCGCAAAUACCCCAAAAGGAGCUCAGAAGUGGCUGGGGAGGGGGAUGGGGACGGGGAUAAGGUGGGUCAUGAAGACCUGUACAAGCGCUACGGGGGCUUCUUACGGCGCAUUCGUCCCAAGCUCAAGUGGGACAACCAGAAGCGCUAUGGUGGUUUUCUCCGGCGCCAGUUCAAGGUGGUUACUCGGUCUCAGGAAGACCCCAAUGCCUAUUAUGAAGAGCUUUUUGAUGUGUAAACCCUUCCCCAUCCUGGAAAUGCGUCAGGAGCUUUCCCUAAGGCCCUUCCAGGUGGGAGGGCACACGUUCAUCCUCCCCUAUAGCCCUCAUUUCCACGCUCAGUUCAGCAUUGUCUAUAAAACAUCCAAACCUCAUCUGCCUCUCUUUCCACCUGGGUGCUGUGUGUGUCUGGGUCAGUGAGAGGGAGGGUGGAGAUUCCCCUUUCCAAUAGGCUUAGUGCUUGGCUCCCACCCUACACAGCAGCAGCUCUUGACACCAGUCCCUCCACCCCAUCCUUGUGAUGCCCCAGUUUCAGGAAUCCAGGUGGACGUCUUGACCUCUCUGGAUCUAGACUCUCCAAAGUUUACCGAUCAAUGCCCCUCUCAGAAGAUAAAUGAGUAUACCCCCUCCCAUGCAGAACUAUACAUGUAUAUAAUAUAUACAAAUAUCAUAAAAUAUAUGAGGUAAACAUUUAAAACAAGAGUGAUAAACAAAUAAAAAUUCUAACAUUUGAUUCUCAAAGCUCAAAAGAUCUCCCUACUGUGCAGACCAUGCUUUAGGUAAAAAGCUCAAACACUGCCUUUUAUUGGAGCAGGAAUUCCUACACUAGAAAGUUUGGUCUCCCAGUGGGUUAGAUAUUCAGUCAGUUACUCUGCGUUCUUCUUGUUUAGAAACACACCUUUUAAGAACGCAGUUCCUGGGCUCCAGUCCAUGUUGGUACCCUGGACAGCGCCCAGCUCCUCCGAGGAGAGGAAGAGCGUGAAAAUCCCUUUCUGAAAUGGUUAAUGAGAGCAGCUCUCCUGAAUGCUGAAAUGAUCAAGGAGGGAGUGAGGCAAACCAAUUUGUUCUGUGCAACAGAUUCAAAAUGUGGACCGGUUCCCUCAGCCCUCAUUAAACUAAUUAAACUGAUCGGUAUCACACUCCAACCCCAGGAUGAACUGAAGCUGAGUUGAGCUGAUGAGGUUAAGCACAACCGUGUUCUUGAGCAGCUGAAUCUGCCGCCAAGAGUCCAAGCCAUCUGGCCAAACAUAUGUGUUGGGCAUUGGGCGAGGCAAUCCAGAAGCAACAGCUAGAAAGAGGAGCUGGCCCUCUUUAGCCCCCAUGAUGAUUUUUUCCUCUUAAUGUCUCAAAAUAAAACCAGAAGGAAGAAUGAAAUGAUUAAGUGCUUGAGGCCAAAUGAGUUCCCUUUAUUCAAAUAACCCAGAAACAGAGGAAGGACCUCAAUCAAAGUCCUCUCCUCUCUCUCUGUCUCUGUCUGUCAGUCUCUUGCCUGUCCCCAGGCACUAUGGUUGGGUUUGUGGAUCCAGGAGGCUGGCCUGGAUGGGGAAGGAAAUAAAUGUAAGUUUGGUUAUUUUGUAUAGGAUGCUGCUGAGCCCACCUCUUCAUGCAUAACCCCAGGCCUCUCAAGAUGUUCUGAAAUCUAUUGAUUGUUUUAGAGUUACUUUGUGUGCUUUUAAAAAUAUGCUUUUUUUUUUUUUUUGCAAUUUACUUGGAAUUUGCUUAGUCCUGUGUUAUUUCCUGCUCCUUCAGUACAAUAAAUAAAAGAAAGAUCCU